GCUGCAGCCCCAUGAGGAGCACGGGCGAGGCCCGCGCCCCGCCGCCCUGCAGCCCCGCGGGCCCCGCGGGCUCCAUGUCGCACGUCGAGGACUCGGACUCGGACGCGCCGCCGUCGCCCGCGGGCUCCGAGGGUCCCGGGCGCGCGGCGGGCGCCGGGGGCUCGGGGGGCGGCGGGCGCGCCACGGCGGCCGAGGCCGACGAGCGCUUCCCCGCCUGCAUCCGCGACGCCGUGUCGCAGGUGCUGCGCGGCUACGACUGGAGCCUGGUGCCGCUGCCCGUGCGCGGCGGCGGCGCGCUCAAGGCCAAGCCGCACGUCAAGCGGCCCAUGAAUGCCUUCAUGGUGUGGGCGCAGGCGGCGCGCCGCAAGCUGGCCGACCAGUACCCGCACCUGCACAACGCCGAGCUCAGCAAGACGUUGGGCAAGCUGUGGCGCUUGCUGAGUGAGAGCGAGAAGCGCCCCUUCGUGGAGGAGGCUGAGCGGCUGCGGGUCCAGCACAAGAAAGACCACCCAGACUACAAGUACCAGCCGCGGCGCAGGAAGAACGUCAAGGCCGGCCAGAGCGACUCGGACUCCAGUGCCGAGCUGGGCCACCACCCAGCAGGGGCUGGCUACAAGGCUGACGUGGACGCACACAGCCGUAGCGGCCUCACGGGGCAGACCCACGGGCCGCCCACCCCGCCCACCACACCCAAGACCGACGGGCACCCGGCGGGCUUGCAGGACCUGAAGCCCGAGGGGCGCCGCCUGCUGGACAGCAGCCGCCACAACAUCGACUUCAGCAACCUGGACAUCUCAGACCUGAGCAGCGAGGUCAUCGGAAACAUGGAUGCCUUUGACGUGCGCGAGUUCGACCAGUACCUGCCGCUGCACGGCCACGCGGCCCCACCCGCAGAGUCCGGCCCGCCCGCCGGCCCGGGCUCCUACGGGGCCCCCGCCUAUCCCCACUCUGGGGUGGCCAGCCUUGGGGUGUCCCCUGCCUGGGCGCACAAGGGGACCCCAUCGGCCUCCCCCACUGAGCCCGCGCGGCCUCACAUCAAGACGGAGCAGCUGAGCCCGGGCCACUACAGCGAGCAGCCCCAUGGCUCUCCGGGCCGUUCUGACUUUGGUGCCUAUAGCGCCCAGGCCAGUGUCACUACGGCCCCCUCUGCUGCUGCAGCCACCGGCUCUUUCGGCAGCACACAGUGUGACUACACCGACCUGCAAGCGCCCAGUUACUACGGCCCGUAUCCUGGCUACCCGUCCAGCCUCUACCAGUACCCCUACUUCCACUCGUCCCGCCGGCCCUAUGCCUCGCCUCUGCUCGGUGGCCUCUCUGUGGCGCCUGCACACAGCCCCUCCAGUAACUGGGAGCAGCCUGUCUACACCACCUUGACCAGACCCUGAGUCUGCCAGAGCCUACAGGGGCCAGCCUGGGCCAGGAGCACUAGUGCAGGGAGGUGCCAGCCUGGGGCACCCUGUGCCAGCAAGUUGG